AAGGACGACGGGCACACCAACAGUAAUCCGAGAACGAGAACGGGAACGAGAAAACCCCCAAACUGAAAGGGGAACACGGAAACUUAUGACUUCAGCCUUAGAUGGUCCCUGGGCUUCUCGGGCCUGGGCACACUGCGCAGGCGUUCCCCGGGUCCUCAACUCUGCUCUUUGACCUCCCGCCCCACCCCCACCCCUCCGCAGCCACCGGGCGGCUCUUCCGGUGUUGUGGAGGCUGUUCCGGUUCGCGGCGGUUCCCGGGUUUUGCGUUCCGCGCCCGGCCGGAAACCCCUUCGCAUAGCAGCCGGUUCCGGUUCGGACUUUGUACCUUUGCUAAAGUCAGUGAUGUGAAAAGACCUGACAUGGAUGAUAUUGCUGAUAGGAUGAGGAUGGAUGCUGGAGAAGUAACUUUGGUGAACCACAACUCCAUUUUCAAAACCCAUCUCCUGGCACAAACAAGUUUUCCAGAGGACCACCUUUCAUUUUCUGACCAUCAGAUUUUACCUUCCAGGGAAGGAAAUUUGGACCGAUCUUAUACAUGUUCUACAAGAAGUGCAGCUUAUAAUCCAAAUUGUUAUUCAGGAUUCUUUGUCAGCAAGAUGAGAUCUCCUCCCCUAAAAAGACACAACCCUUCCUCAGACAGUUUUCUUGGCUCAGGAGAUUUAAGAACCUUUGGCCAGAGUGCAAAUGGCCAGUGGAGAAAUUCCACUCCAGCAUCAGGUUCAACUUUACAAAAAUCAAGAAACAGCCGAAGCCUUUACCUCGAAACCCGAAAGACCUCAAGUGGAUUAUCAAACACUUUUACGGGAAAGUCAAACCAUCACUGCCAUGUGUCUGCGUAUGAAAAGUCUUUUCCUAUUAAGCCUGUUCCAAGUCCAUCUUGGAGUGGUUCAUGUCGUCGAAACCUUUUGAGCCCCAAGAAAACUCAGAGGCGACAUGUUAGUACAGCAGAAGAGACAGUCCAAGAAGAAGAAAGAGAGAUUUACAGACAGCUGCUACAGAUGGUCACAGGGAAACAGUUUUCUGUAGCCAAACCUACCACACAUUUUCCUUUACACCUGUCUCGAUGUCUUAGUUCCAGUAAGAAUACUUUGAAAGACCCACUGUUUAAAAAUGGAAACUCUUGUUCAGCUCAGAUCAUUGGCUCUGAUACUUCAUCAUCUGGAUCUGCCAGCAUUUUAACUACCCAGGAACAACUGUCCCACAAUGUGUAUUCCUUAUCGUCUUAUGCCCCAGAUGUUGUGGCAUUUGGAUCCAAAGAUUCUGAUCCUCUCCAUCAACCCCAACAUCGCCACUCUCUUCUUCAUCAGCCAGAUAACUUACCAGCUUCAAAUACACAAUCAGAAGGAUCAGACUCUGUGAUUUUACUCAAAGUGAAAGAUUCCCAGACUCCAACUCCCAGUCCUACUUUUUUCCAGGCAGAGCUGUGGAUCAAAGAAUUAACUAGUGUUUAUGAUUCUCGAGCACGGGAGAGAUUGCGCCAGAUUGAAGAGCAGAAAGCACUGGCAUUACAGUUUCAAAACCAGAGAUUACAGGAACAGGAACAUUCAGUACAUGAUGCAGUAGAACUGCAUCUUCGUGUACCACUUGAAAAGGAGAUCCCUGUCACGGUCACCCAAGAAACAGAAAAGAAAGGUCAUAAAUUAACUGAUAGUGAAGAUGAAUUUCCUGAAAUCACAGAGGAAAUGGAGAAAGAAAUAAAGAAUGUAUUUCGUAACGGGAACCAGGAUGAAGUUCUGAGUGAAGCAUUCCGCUUGACCAUUACACGCAAAGAUAUUCAAACUCUAAACCAUCUGAACUGGCUCAAUGAUGAGAUGAAGAAACAAAGCAUGGAAAGAUUAAGAAACUUUCAAGGUUACAUGGCCAGUAAGUAGCAGAGCCAGGAUUUAGACCUAAGCAUUGGGUCUUAUCUGUUAUACUGUACUGCCUCGGAAUCCUAAAUUGGAGCUUGUCUUAGGGUUAGAUGUACAGAAUUUGAGAGCCAUUUGCCAUGCCCAGCAUGUUGAUUUUCUCUGGGGGCAGCUGGACUAGCCCCAUUCUCUUUGCCACUGAUCAGUUUCUAAAAUAGAGAUUUCAGGGGUGCCUGGGUCACUCAGUUGGUUAAGCAGCUGUCUUUGGCUCAGGUCAUGAUCUCAGGGUCCUGGAAUUGAGCCCCACAUCAGGUUCCCUGCUCAGUGAGGAGCCUCCUUCUUCCUCUCCCUCUGUCACUCCCCCUGCUUGUGCUGUCUCACCGUUUGUCAAAUAAAUCAAUAAAAUCUUUUUAAAAAAUUAAAAAUAAGAUAAAAUAUAGAUUUCAGAAGUUCAUCAUUCCCUGAAUAAUAUCUUUGACUAAGAAUGGUAAGGAAGGGGGGGGCGCCUGGGUGGCACAGAGGUUAAGCGUCUGCCUCUGGCUCAGGGCGUGAUCCCGGCGUUAUGGGAUCAAGCCCCACGUCAGGCUCCUCCGCUAUGAGCGCUUCUUCCUCUCCCACUCCCCCCUGCUUGUGUUCCCUCUCUCACUGGCUGUCUCUAUCUCUGUCAAAUAAAUAAAUAAAAUCUUUAAAAAAAAAAAUGGUAAGGAAGGUAUGGUUUUAUACUGUCUUGCUGUAGGGGAAAGCACCCUUGCUUCUUUUGGCUCAGAAUAGUGAUAUUAGAACAUUGGAUAACGUAACAGGAAAAAAAAAAAAAGAGUUCACUAGAUCAAAGGGAAAAAUGGAAAUCAAGGACAGCCAAAAGUAUCCAUCAAUUAAAUUUUUUUUAUUUGAAGACAUUAAUCUGGUUUCUUGCCAGUUUCUGCCUGCCACUGCUAAAUGGGAAGGGAUCAGUUAUUUUAUAGCAAUUGUAGCCUAUUCGUUGUAAAUUAUGCAAAGCCUCCUAGAGGGCAGCAAUGAGAAGGAUAUGAGCUGAGUCCCUGCUGUUUACUGUGGCGGUUCCUCGGUGAGAUCCCUUACAGAGGCGGCUUUCAUCAGGACAUGUUUUCCAUUCCCUCGGCCCAUCAAAGGUUGGAUUUUCAGCAAGCAAAGUUCAUGGAAAUUACAUUAUUUAGAAAAGUUGAGGAGAAGGAAACAUUCCUUUUCUACUUUAUCUCUACCACACCUACCCAUAACUUUUGUAGGGAGUGCCUGUCUUCCAAGUUCAGAAUGUUAACCUUGAAAGCAGGUACCAAUUCACAUGUCCAUGAUGAUGAUAACUAUUUUGGAAAGCACCAUUUUCAAAGUACUGUAUUUCUCAGGCUCUCAAAGUUACUGCCCUUGAGAAGCUAACAUUCUGAUGAGGAAUUAGUAGACAUCCUUAAGUAUCCAUAUUCAUUUAAAAAUACAUGAUUCUUUUUCUCAGUUGUGAAUUCUGAGUCAUCUUUUGCAAGUAAUUUGUGUUCUCUUCAAUCCUGUUCUUCCUUCAAAUAGAUAUUUUCAUUAAUAACCAUUUCUUUUCUUUCUGUAUCUCCUAUCAGUUUUAUAGACUGCUUUAAAUAUUUCUCCAGAAUAAGGUGACUGUCAUAUUAUUCUUACCAUUUUAUAGACAAGGAAUAUAAGAUCCUGGAAGUGAAAGGGAUCAGAUUUAGUUUAUAAGGAAAAUAAAAUUCAGAAGUCCUAUGUUUGGAAUACGUGCAGAAAGCCAUUAGACUACCCUUUCUCUGGUCUCUUUCCUAAAAGAGGAGGGUACAUUGCUUGUUUAUAAAAUAGACUUUCAAACAUGUUUUCAUGAAUGGAUUUAUGCAUAGAUGAAUAAAUUCUGUAUAGCUUCAAAGGACUAAUGAUUGAUUGAUAGGACUGACAUUUUUAACUCACUAUAAGAAAAUGAAACUUCUCGGAAAUGGAAUGUGGGAAUUGGCUGUCUUUGUGAAGAAUACAAAAGGAGGCUGGAAGGCUGAUAACACCAGGAACAUUAUAGAUGGGGAUUUCUCUAUUAGGUCUGGUGAUUAGUUAUUAAUAGAAAUAUCUAAUUAAAGGAAGGAGGUCAGGGUUAAAGAGGAGGAAUUAGUUGCAAAAGUAGGUUGAAAUCACAAUCAAGAAACAAAAAGGAAAUACUUUAAAUGGAUGUCAGCACUAAAAAUUAUUUAUUGAUUCCUGGCAAUUGCAUUAGCUAACUUCUGUGAUCCAGUGGCUUGAUGAUUCUGCUUUAUGGCCUGACAAUUCUACUUCUUAGAGGGCCUACAUGUUGUUUUAUAAGGCAUCAGAUAAAUUUAAAAAUAUAUGGAAAUUACUUAGGCGUACAAGUAAAUGGAUCUGAAUUCUGUUUCUGGUCAUGAUAGAAUAAAAUGGGUCAGGUUUACCCUUUCAACUUAACUAGAAAACUAAACAAAAUAUGAAACAACAAUUUUCAGACAGUGGAUGACAGAGAUCCCUGAGAGAAGGAAAAUGAAAGGGAUUAGCUGAUGAUUUCCUCACCUCACUAGGGUGAUAUGUUGAGGGUAGAGAGCUGGUAGAACCUGGCAGUGCCUGACAGUCUUGGUCAGUGGAGGAGACGUGGUUCAGGGCUCAGGGGGGUGAAAGUGGCUAAGAUUGUGAGGUAAAAUACUGAGGGGAAGGUUGCUGCACAAAGAGAAAGCUCCAGAGAUGUUCAGAGGCCCCCCUCAAAUCUGCCUGAGCACCAAUCUGUACCUAGAUAGGAAGAAACUGCCGGAGGCUGGGGAAAGAACCACCAGAAAGAAGGAAUCGGAACAAAGCUCAGAGCUAACACAGGUGCUUAGAAUAGUUCAUAUUCCAACCAGUUAGAGUGGAAAAAUCAUGUGGCAUUGAAUAGAGGCCUCAAAAGGAUAUUACCUCAGGAGUGGGGCCAAACUGGCCCUAGAAUAAAGGCCACUCUGGACCUGUGGUAGCAAAGUUAAGUACAAUUCUUGAAAGCUUGAAACUGAUUCAGGUGACUUAACUAUAUCCCAGAACAAAAGCCCAAUGAUAUUUAAAGGAAUACAAACAUAUUCUAGUAACAACAAAACCCAAUAACAUGAAAUCACAGUGUCCAGCAUCCAUUCAAAUAUUAUCAGUCAUGCAAGGUGGAAGGAAAAAGCAACUUAUUAUAAGAGAAAAAACAGAAAUACCCAGAAAUGACAAAAAUGACAGAACUAGCAUACAUUGGCAGGAUAUUAAAACAGAUAUUAUAAACACAUUCCAUAUGUUCAGGAAUUUAGAGGAAAAUUGACAUUAUGAUGAGAAAAAUGGAAGAUGUAAAAGAAGACCCAAAUUGAACUUCUAAGGGGUGAAAAACAGUUUCUGAAACAAAAAAUACAUGAGGUAGGAUUACCAGUAUAUUGGAUACUACAAAAGAAAAAACUAGUGAACUAGAACAAUAGGAACCAUCCAAAUGAAACAGAAAAAAGGCUGAAGAAAGAUGAGUAUAUGUGAGCUGUGGGACAAUAUCAAGCAUUCUGAGCAUGUAAUUAGAGUCUCAAGGAAAAGUGAGGUGUAAGUGGUAUCAGAAAAAAAGCUUGAAGAAAUAAUGGUAGAUUUUCUAAAUUUGGAAACUUAGACUGACAGAUCCAAGAAAUUUCAGCAUACCUACCAAGUAGAAAGACACCACACUAAAAAGUAUAAUAAUCAAGUUGCUGAAAAUCAGUGAUAAAGAGAAAAAUAAUAAAAGCAACCAGAGGAAAAGAGACACAUUAUGUACCAGAGGAAUACAUAAUGUGUUUCUGACAGAAAUACGUGUAGGCCAGAAGACAGUAUAGCUACAUUUUUAAGGUACUGAAGGAAAAAAAAAACAAAAAACUUGUCAACUUACAUUCUGUUUGCAGCAAAUAUAUCUUUCAAAAAAAUACUUUUUUUCAGACAAACAAAUGCUGAGAUAAUGCACCACCAACAGACCUGUAUUAUAAGAAAUAUUAGAGGAUAUUCUUCAGGCAGAGGAAAUGAUGAGGUGGAAAUUUCAGUCUACACCAAGGAUUGAAGAGCAGUGGAAAUGCUCUCAUUUUUUAAUAUCUCUGCAAGACAGUUGACUAGUUAAAGCAG